AUGGGAAACUCCGAAUCUAUUGAUACUUCCAUUUCGCGUGCUGGUUCAGUUAAGACAACUCUAACAACACAACGAAAUCGUUCGCAAUCUCCGGUGUUACAUCGACGAAGUGGCUCUACGAGACGUACCGAACCAAUACAACCUGGAGAGCCGUUCCGAAGAUCGAAAACGUGUCGAGUACGAGACAGAACAACUAAAAAAGCUGUUUGUAUGACAACUGGUUUGACGUUACAUCAAAAAGCUUUACUCACCAGAAAAUGGAAUCGAAUGGACAGAGCGACUGUCUAUGAAAUUGGCCGAUUAAUGUUCGAAAAUGUUUUCCAAGAAAAUCCACAAUAUUUAAGUUAUAUUGAUCUCAAAGACGAACCUAAUUGGAUGAACCAUAUCAAUUUCAAAAUUCAUGUGCAGAGAUUCAAUACAGCAUUAGUAGAAUGCAUGCGACGACUACGCGACCCAUCGGCGGCCUGCGACAUCUUAAGGGACUUCGGGGCAUCCUACGCAACUAAUUCUAAGAGAGUUACUCCCAUGUUUUUCGAACGACUAGCUAAUUCGUUGAACAAGGCUGCGGCACAGCUUCAAGAAGCUGAUCAUCUGGAAAUCGAGAAAAAUAAAUGUCAACUGGUUGAUGAUACUUCUACGAACACUCUAACGGUUGAAUCUGACAGGUCAACUUUAAGAUCAUGUGCAUCAAGCUGUGAUAUGCUAUCAGCCGAACGAACAAUUGUUAGUCGAAGUAGUGAUAGCCAGAUGGAAACCCUCCUGGAGGAAACAAAAAAGGAACAGCAGCUCGAAAAGCAAAGCUGCUGUUCUUCAUCUCAGAAAUCUUGUGGGACCUGUGCUUCUCUUUGCUGUCGUUACCAUAAGAGUCUGUGCCCAAUUACAGCUGAAGCAUGGAUAGUUUUGUCUGCAUUCCUUGCCAACCAGAUAAAAUUAGGAUACGAAUUAG